GUUGCUUAUCAAGGCUAGUAGCUCGUCAGCACCGACAAAAGGCGGGGUAAACACAAACCCACUCCGGGGUAGCUCGUUAGUGGGAUCCUACUGGUCUGGCUCAUUGCCAGAAUGAUGCCGGAUUUUCCGACCGUCGGGUCGUCCAGGCGAUCUAAAGCCCUGGCUAUAGAUAACUGCCGCGUCCGUCAGGACAUUUGCGGGGUCCCCACGUUCGAAUAACACCGUGGAAUCGCUCAUCAUGGAAGACAUGGAAGAGAAAGGCUCGUCAAGCCAUCUGGACCUCGAAAUGGAGGAACCAGUCCUCGCAGACACAGCGAAGCAACUCUCCAAUCCAGACCCCAACGACCCCCAGAACUGGUCCACCCCCACCAAACUGACCACCUACCUCACCAUCUGCCUCUACACCUUCCUGGCCAACGUCAACAGCAGCAACUUUACCGUGGCCACCAAAGCCAUCAUCGCCGAGUUCCACGUCUCGCAGACCCAGGCCGGCUCGCUGGUCUGCUUCAACGUCUUCCUCUUCGGCCUGGGCAAUCUCUUCUGGGUCCCGCUGAUGCGCGUCGUCGGCAAACGCCCCGUCUACCUGCUCUCCAUGCUGCUGCUGUGCAUGAUGAACGUGUGGUCGUCCCGCGCAUCCAGCUACCACGAGCUCCUGGUCGCGCGCAUCCUCUCGGGCUUCUCUGCCGCCGCCGCCGACGCCACCGUCCCCGCCGUCGUCGCCGAUAUGGUCGCUCCCCAUGAACGCGGCCACUAUCUCAUGAUCUUCCAUCUGGCCCUGACAGCGGGCCUAUUCGUCGGCCCGCUCAUCAACGCCUACCUCGUCCAGGACGAGAACUGGCGCUGGAUGUGCUAUUUCCUCGCUACUGCCGUGGGUGUCGUCUUCCUCCUGGCUGUCUUCACCAUCCGCGAAACAACUUACCUCGCCCGAAACGUGUCUCCCCGGAAGCGCGCCCACCGGCAAUGGAUGUCCCUCAUUCUGGGCUAUAACCCCGACGCGUCCUUCACCCGCACCGUAUGGGAUAUCCUCUGCAAUGCAGCUUACCCCCAACUCCUUUGGUGUUCCCUCACCAUCGGUGUCUCCGUUGGAUGGAACAUCGUCGUCCAACUAACCGCAUCACGCACCUUUAUCGCGCCCCCCUACAACUUCCCCCUCGGCAGCAUCGGCCUUCUCUCGCUCUCGGGCUUCAUCGGCUCCCUCCUGGCCUUCUACCUCGGCGGCCGUCUCAUCGACGUUCUCUCCACCCGCUACACCCGCCGUCGCGGCGGUCCCCGACUCCCCGAGUACCGACUCCCCGGCAUCAUCAUCCCCGGCACGAUCGGGCCCGCCGGCAUCCUGAUCUUCGGGCUGUGCGUGGCGAAUCACGCGUCCUGGGCCGGCUCCGCGGUCGGUUACGCCAUGCAGGCGUUCGGGGUGGCGGCCAUUUCGAAUGUCGCGGUGACGUAUGCGUUGGAUUGUUAUCGGGGGAUAACCGGCGAAGCGCUCGUCAUCAUCUUCAUCAUCCGAAACACCAUCGGCAUGCUACUCUCCCUAUACGCCACCGACUGGAUCGACCACCAAGGCGCAGCAAAGGUAUUCGGCGAGAUGACCGCCAUCCAAGUCGUGAGCGUGCUGCUCGCCGUCCCGCUGUUUUUCUGGGGAGGCAGACUGCGGGAGAUUACGUCGCGGUAUGGCCCCAUGAGGCGGUUUGAAGUUGAGGGGGUGUGAUUUAUCU